AUGGAGCUGCGCCGCCGUGGGGCUGCCAAGGAGGGCAAGGAGGAGGUCCUCUGUCGCAUUUGCCACGAUGGGAGUGGCACGCUGGUGCGCGCCUGCGGCUGCAAAGGCUCCCUCGCGCACGUUCAUCCGGAGUGCCUGCUGCGGUGGCGGGCCUAUUCCCCCAAGGCAGCGUCGGUGUGUGAGCUCUGUGACUUGCCAUACCGACUACCUGGUCCGCUGGGUUGUGGCCAGACGUCGGCUCUGACCUUGACGCUGCUGGCGCUGUUCAUGACCUGGCUCUCCCUUCUGAGAGAUGUCCUGGUCGUCAAUGGGUCGCUCCUGCCCGCGGCAAAGCACUGCAACGUGGGGGAGUUCACCUCCCCUUGGCGGCGAGCCCUGCGGGGCCUCUUUGAGGCGGCCGACCUCGACCAAGACGGGGCCAUGUCCCUGGACGAGAUGCGGAUGCUGGCCAACCGCACUGGAGAAAAAGUCAGCGACGCAGUGCUCGAGCUGGCGCUCAAGCAUGCGGACCACACCGAGCGGGGCCUCACGGUGCAAGGUCUGCGGCAGACGUACGAGCGGGACAGCGGCGCGGUGCUGCUGCAGGAGAUUUGCACCGUGGACCCUAUAUACACAUGUAUGUAUGUUUAUAUAUAUAUAUAUAUAGAAAAAUACAUUAAUUAUACAUCUGUUUAUUGA